CAGUGGUUGUUGCCUUGUUUGAAAAAGGGGGAAGAUUGGCGGCAUGAAGUGUGGUAAUUGCAUGUGUUGUAGAGAUUGAGGUGAUGUGUAACAGAAAUUGUGAGCUGUAAGGCGUGGUGGAAGCCCUGUAAAAUAUUUUUUCGUUGCACGUUGUUUUUGUGGCGAAGAAGACAUGGACGAUUGGGACCCAAUGUCUCAUGACUUCACUGAUGGCUCUUUCAAUACAUACAUCGAUGGACCGGGGGCGAGGAUGGACCAUAUCCAGCAACCGUGGGCAAGAAGUACCCGCAGUAAAGGACCGUUCAAGGUCUACGUUGGCAGUGUACCGGUGGGGAUAAAUAAGGAGGGGCUAACAAAUAUAUUCUCCAAUUACGGAGAUGUACAGAGUGUGUACAUUCAUGAACCACUCCCUGGUCAGCAUGUGACUUGGGCGUUUAUAGUUUUCCCUAAACACAGCCAAGCUGAAAGAGCCAUCAGAGAACUGAACAAUAAAAAACCAUUGAAUUUGAAAGUGCAGUUUGCACUGUCGGAUGGUGAAAAGCAACGAAUCCGUUCAGCAACGGAAAAGGCUGCUAUUUGGGGAACGGUAUCUGAAUCUUUGGCAGAAUCUGAUGAUUUUGCAAUGGAAUUGCCAUGUAGAAGAAAGAGUGGCAUUGGGCUUGGAAGAGGCAGUUUCAGACAGGUGUACCUUCAGGAACAUAGGACACCUAUUGUGGGCAGAGGCAGUUUUAUUGAUGAUUAUUCUGAUGAUGAAUGUUUAGGCUAUGAUGAAGUUAAUGGAGUUAUGUUGAAAGGAAUUCAUUGUAGCCUUCAGUCGGGAGGCAGCAGCAGAACUGUUUCUAAAGGGAGAGGUUUCUACAAUGUAAGUGCGGACAGACCAGGUGUAAAGAGACAAUCACUGUUUCACACUCCGGAGCCUGUGGCCAACAGUUCUGAUGAACUUGAAAAUACAAUCAGAAGACAAAGUGGUAAAUAUGUUUAUGGUGAUCCUGUACAUUUAAGAGCAAGAGCUUGCCGAGCUUGUUUGGCAUGUGGAAGAUUAACGACUUCUGUAUGUGCACGAUGUGGGGAUUUUUAUUGUUCAGAAGAAUGCCAAAGGAAUGACUGGCCAAACCACAAACCCAACUGUGUAGCUCCACCGGGAAUUGUAAACACUGCCACUGGAGUAUCACCCAAUAAAACCUUAUCUCUUCAUUCACCACUGACGAUCGCUGAAAACAAAGACAGUCACUCUGUUCUUGAACAAAGGAAAAAUGUAAUGGAUAAGAAUAAAGUUGCAGAGUGUCCAGUACUUCCAGUCAAUAACAGCUAUCGUACCAGCACUCCAAGAAAUGGUCAGGAUAGUAAUAGCAUUGAGAGAGAUUUCACUCAGAAGAGUGAUGCUCAACGUGACAUACUUCACCAAGGUGAAGAAAGAAUUUCAGCAAAUGCAGAAGUGUUGCAGACACCACAGCCUUUACUAAGAAAUAAUGAAAAGAGAGAUUAUGGCAAAAGAUCGGAUAUCAAACCUUCAUUGCAACACGGAGAAAAUGUGUUGGCUAGUGAAAAUGUGAAAGGGAGGAUUUUGGCAGAUGCAGAAGUGUCUGGGAACUUGCCUUCACCACUAUUAGGAAUCAAUAAUACAGAAAAGCAAAAUACUUUACAUGAUCAAAUUCAAAAUAAUUACAUGCAGAAUGAGACAGCGAAGCAAUCUGGCAGUCAGAAACGUAAUGCUCGAGGUAACAAAACAAGCACGUCUCCUGGCUUUGGUGAUGUUAAUAGAACACACAGUAGUGAAAACCAGAAUAGACCUCAUAACAGUUAUGGCCAAAAUGAAGCUGGUUGGAAGAGUAAUGAUCAUAAUAAAGGGAAUCGUAACAGUUAUGGACAGAAUGAACCUGCCAAGGGUCGUAACAGCUAUGGGCAGAAUGAAGCCAGUAAAAGGAAUGAACACAGUCAAGGAAAUCGAAAACAUGGUGGUGAUAAAAGUGGUGAUAGAAAUAAAACGCAAAAUAGAAACAUCCAUCAGAAGAAUUUUAAGUCACACAGUCAGCACAGACCUAAUCAUUCCGAACAAGACUUAGGAAGGCAGAAAAAGGAUGUAGAGAAACCACCAACAAAACCCAUUGAAAAGAAGCCAUUAGUUCAUCAGCAGCAUAAAUCCUCGGGUGAGCAGCAACUGAAAUCGACAGAAGAAGAGCAGUCUAAAUUUACAGACGAAAAUCUUGCUAAAUCUGUUAGCGAGCAGCUCAACAUUGGAUGUACUAGUAGGUUUCCUGACAGUUGUGCUGUAUUAGGUGAAGGUAGCCCAGAUAGUAAAACAGGCCAUGGUUUGGGAAAAGAAGAGAUUAAGUCAGAUUGUUACACAAAGGUCAAGAUUGUUCUGAAAAUUGAUAGUAGGCAAUAUAUGGUACACAAAGCUGAAAAUGAGGAAAAAAUUAUACAACUACUUCAGUUUCUACAGAAUGAGGGCAACACGGAUCCCUGUACUCCAGAAGUAGGGAAACUUUGUGUUGCAUCAUAUGAAGGCAUUUGGUACCGAGCAGAAAUAAUUCAAGUAGUUCCAGAGAUAAGGGUGUUUUAUGUGGAUUAUGGAAAUGAGGAGGCUUGUACUGCUGAUGAACUGAGAAGCUUACCAAAAGAAGCAUCAGAGCUGCCUGCACAGGCCAUAAAAAUCAAACUGGCAGAAGGGACGUCUAAAAAGUUUGAGGACCUGUCUGAGGAUAAUGAGAUUAUGGUGAAGUCGUUCAGAAAGGACGACUGUGGUGUUACAAUUGUCAUGGUCGAGGGAGAAAAUUAUUCUCUGCCAGAAGUUAAAAAUUCAAAGCAAUCAAAACAGAGUCCAGCUGCCAACAAAGACAAUGCUUCAAGGACAAUGUGUUCGGAGGAUUCUAUCAUCACCUUACUUCCGACUGGUGCAGAGGCAGUCAUGUGUGUGAGAGGAAUUGAAAACUCAAACCAGUUUACUGGAACACUUUUGGCAGAAACAUGUGUAGAUAUAUAUAAAAAACUUUUUGAAGAUUUGGGUAAUGCAGAAGGUUCAUAUGAUGAUGGUUUCAGACCAGCAGUUGGUGAAAUAGUAGUAGCUCAGCUUCCCACAGAUCCAUUAUGGUACAGAGCUAAAAUAUUGUCAGUACUGCAGAAUGGUUACCGUGUUGCUUUCUGCGAUAUUGGCAUUUCUCAGAAAGUAGAGAAUGUGAGAAGAAUCCCUGAGGGAUUUGUAAACUUACAACAGAUGUCUGUAAGGUGUGAAAUUGUUAAGUAUUUCAUGACGGAGAGUGAGGUGUGGGAAAACUAUAUAAAGAUUGGUGGGAACCUGAAAAUGACUAUUGUGGGUGCUUAUCCCACAAAAGUUAUUGCGGAUGUUGUAGAUAAUGUUGUUAUCUGUACAGUUGAAGUGAAGAAAUGGGAUGCUAUCGCAGAAGACAAAGGCAUUAAAGUUGCAGAGUUGGAGAAUAACAGCUUCGUCGUAUUGUCCACGUUUAACAGUCCAAGGACAAUGUUUGUAAGACCAACCUCAAAGAGCAUGCAAGAAAAAUUUAAUAGGAUCCUGCAGGAUGUUGCUGGUCAUGCUUUCAAAGCACCACCUAUGGAUAGGUUGCCAAUUAAAGGUGAAGUCAUUGCUUGCAAAUACAACAAGGAUAACAACUAUUACAGAGCAAAAGUGACUGGUUUUGAAAAAGAUAAAGUGGUUGUUACUUAUUUAGACUUCGGAAACACUGAGCGAGAAGACCUCAGUGAUGUCAAAGAACUAAGUGAAGAAUUGAAAAAUGUUCCUGCAUGUGCUGUCAAGGUACACUUGAAGGAUGUCCCGGAGCUUCCACUUAACACACAGAUUGUGGAAUUUCUUAGUGAAAUUACUUUGAAGGAAACAGAUCUCAAAGUGAAAUUUGGUGACAUAAAAGAGGGGGUGGAUUUGUUCAUGGACGGAACACACAUAAAUGCAAAAAUAAAAUCCUUGUUAGACCCAUCUUGGCAGCAACUUAAUAAGUCAGAUACGCCAGCUCUGUACUUCUAUGAAAACUUGAAAUUUGUUGAGUUGAAUGUUGGGGAAGAAAUAAGUAUGGCAAUUUGUCAUGUGCAAGCUCCCGACAUAAUUUUUGGUUUUAAAGAAGGCAGUUCUGUUAUGCAGUAUAUCAUGACAGUUAUGCAAGAAAAGGUGGAUGAGUAUUGCAACCAAGUAGACAAAGAAAGUUUCCUACCCAGGAAAUAUGAAAUGUGCUUGGCACAGUACGAAGGUGCAUGGUACAGAGCAGCUUGUUUAGAUGUAGAAAGAAAUCUGGUAACAGUUAUCUUCAUUGAUUAUGGCAACACAGAGGAAGUGUCCUUCAAAAACAUCAGGAAAAUGCCUCCAGAUUUCAUGGAUACCCCAGUAGCUGUUGUUGCCUGUACAAUUAAAGAUUUUUCAAAGAAUGGUGCCAAAACAGAACUUAAGUUACAAGAACUUAUGAAUAAGGUGAAAAAGGUGAAAAUUCUGAGCAUGGCAAAGCAAGGACAUUGUGAAGUUCAAAUAAUUCAGUAAAUUUGACGACUUAUUGCGAGAGGUACACAGCAUCACAUCAAUGAGUGUCUUAUAUUUUUACCCAAGAAUUGUUGUAUAGUAUUUCUAAUAAGUGUAAUCAUGUGAUUUUUUUAUGCUCUGAUUUGCUGUGUGAUCUGAGAAAUGACACAAGACUGAAAUAUGUAAGAAGUUUAUAUAUGUUCAUUUUGUGUUGACAUUUAAUAAUAGUGGUUAUCACAAUGCUCAGACUCAGAAAAUAGAUGUGUUUGCAUUAUUUUGCAAUAAAAAGUAGACAAUUUAUUUCAUUAAGACUUGAUUGUGCCAGUUAAUUAGUGCACAGGGAACGCUUUCAUUUGCACUAUAGCAGUCAACGUGCUAAGUCACACAUGCGGAAAACUCUGAAUGACAAACUGUUCAGUGAAUUGAUGCCUUACGAAGAUGGUAAACUGAAGAGAAGAAAAGUUUGUAAGAAGGCUUUUAAUAAAUAGAAUACUGGUUUUAGUAACUUACAAUACUGUGUUAAAUCAUUCAUUUGGAAACCUUAUUAAGCAAGGACAGGAGAAAGAGAAAGUUAACAAGUAAUAGGAUUGUGAGGCUAAAUAAAAAUUGUUGAUAUGUAAUGCCAUUUUAAUUGCAUGUGCAUUCUCAUCAAUUUAUUCAAGGGCCCAGUGAUGAGGUAGUCAGGGAUCUAAGGUUGGUAAAACCAUCAUAAGUAAUACAGAUUGUUUAGUAAUUCAGUCAUAUGGAUGUACUCUAAUCUGAUGCUUCUCUAUGGUGAUUUAUGACAAGUUCAGGCUGCUGUCAUUAGCAAUUUUCCUGUUGCCUGGUUUCUUGUAUAGCACUUUGUGUUUGAAUAACAUGAUGUCCUGUUUGUACAGACUUAUUCUUUUUUUCUGUAUGUUGUGUAACACCAGUGAUCUUUGUGGUUUGGAGUUGAUCUUUCUUCUUCCACUUACGUGAACUUUUAAUUUGAAGGAGAUGUGUGGUUGCUGUGUAGAUGAUAGUGGAUUGGAUAACCUCAUUGUCUGCCUCCUCUCAUUUUAUCUGAAACAUUUCGCUCUGUGAAGCACAUAAAUCUUGUAGUGGUUUGUGAUCUGAACUGUGGUGACAGUCACAGGAUUUGCUUUAUCAGCCGUGUUUUCUCCUAUGCACAAUUUGUUCAAUUGACAAAGGCCUUGUUAAAUUGUGGUGGAUAGAAGCAGCAGCCAGUGCUGUAUAAAGAGGCUAAAGUGUUUCCGGAUUGAUGGCUGGCAAAAUGUAUGAUGAAAGACAGUUAAUAAAACCGACAAUGCAGCUGAUAGAAAGAUAAGAAGAAGAAGAAGAAGAAGAAGAAGAAGAAGAAGAGCAGCAGUGUGAAUUUUGGACUUACAGGUUCCUUAUUAAGAAAAAAAUUUCGUUGUCUGGUAAAGAUAAAUCAUGAUUCCGGCAGUAAGGAGCAGAGCUUCUCUUUUGAUUCAUGUUUCCAGAAUUAUAUAUUCUUGUACCAUAGCAUUUACUAUGUAGGGGCACCACAAAAGUCGGACAUUGUCUGUAGGGAGUUAAUGAAAACAUAAGACACAU